AUGUGCAAAGGAGUAGCCAAGAUGGGUAUGGAGUUGGUGCUGAAGAUAAUAUUAGUAUCAUCAGUGCUUAUACAAGAGGUUUCUGCACAAGAAACUUCUGUCGCAAUGCCUGAUUGUCCACAAAAAUGUGGAGACGUUACUAUUCAUUAUCCAUUCGGAAUCGGACGCAAUUGUUCACUUGACUGGAGGAUCCAAAUAUCUUGCAAUGACAAUUUCACCCCACCCAAGCCUUUCCUCAAUUAUAGCAAUCUGGAGGUUGUGAAUAUAUCUGUACUGGAAGGCACGAUUGAGGUCAAGAAUCCGGUAUUUAAAGAUUGUUCGAAUCGAGGCCUAGCUCAACGAGUGGUAUUCGUAUACAAACCGUUCAGAUUCUCCUCAACUCGAAAUCUAUUCAUUGCAAUGGGAUGCAAUAAUCUUGCUGUGAUCAAGAACCUAGAAGGAUCGAAUCUUGGAGGGUGCAUGUCAUUUUGCGACCAGAAGACAUUGACAAUAGACAAGCGUGAUUGUUUCGGUGUAAAAUGCUGCCAAGCAAUAGUUCCUCCAUAUUUUUGGAAUUUCACUACAUCUUUAAGAACCACUGAUGAUGAUAAAAAUCUGGAUGAUAUAUGCAAGUACGCAUUCAUUGUAAAUAAGAAGUGGUUUGAGAACUUAACUGAUAUCUACAGUGUGCAAUUAAUGAAAGAAGUUCCUGCUGUGCUGGAUUGGAACCUGAACCUCACCGAUGAAUGUUACACCUUAAGACCUACUAAUGUCUCCAGAAACAUGUCCGUCUGUGGAACAUAUGCUACUUGUCACAAUCUAAAAUGUUCUUGCUUGAAAGGCUAUCAAGGAAAUCCUUAUUUGCCGCAUGGAUGUCGAGGUAAAAUCUUGCAAUAA